AUGGAACAUAUAUUAUUGAUUCUUCUACUGUUUAGUAAGACCUUUUCAGUUGAAGCUCAGUUCAAUGGAUACAACUGUGACGCCAACUUUCACAGCCGCUUCCCUGCGGAGAGGGAUAUCAGUGUGUAUUGUGGGGUUCAGACCAUCACCCUCAAAAUCAACUUCUGCCCCGUUCUCUUCUCUGGCUACACCGACUCCGACCUGGCCCUCAAUGGUCGCCAUGGAGACGCCCACUGCAGAGGAUUCAUCAAUAACAAUACCUUUCCCACCGUUGUGAUCUUUAGUAUCAGCCUGGCGACGCUGGAGUCCUGUGGUAAUUCCCUGGUGGUGUCCACAGCUCAAGGACCCAACGCUUACGGGAACCUGUCCCUGGUACAAAUUGGAAACAUAUCGGGGUAUAUCGACACGCCAGACCCCCCAACUAUCAUCAGCUACCUGCCGGGUCUGCUGUACAAGUUCAGCUGCAGCUACCCCCUGGAAUACCUGGUCAACAACACACAGCUGGCCUCGUCAGCUGCUGCCAUCUCAGUGAAGGAGAGCAACGGUACUUUCAUCAGCACAUUGAAUCUACUGCUUUACAACGACUCAUCGUACAUUCAGCAGCUGUCCAUCCCCAUGGCAGGACUGACUUUGAAGACACGGGUUUUCGCGGCUGUAAGAGCCAGCAACCUGGAUAAGAGAUGGAAUGUUCUAAUGGACUACUGUUACACCACACCAUCUGGAAACCCUAACGAUGACCUCCGCUACGAUCUCUUCUUUAGCUGUGAAAAAGAUCCUCAGACCACUGUCUUUGAGAAUGGAAAGAGCCAAAUGGGUCGCUUUGCCUUUGAAGUAUUCCGCUUUGUAAAGCACAAGAACCAGAAGAUGUCCACCGUCUUCCUGCACUGCGUCACCAAGCUGUGUCGAGCCGACGACUGUCCGAUGCUCAUGCCAAUCUGUGGCAGCAGGAAAAAGAGAGAUGUUGCUGAAGGAAAGGAAUCAAAUGGUGCAUCAGGAAACGCCGUUCUGACUGCUGGACCGAUCAUCACUCGGAGUGAUGAAACACCAACCAACAACUCUCAGCUGGCCCAUCUGAAAACUCCAGUGUUUCAGAUGAACACAGUGACAAGCGCGCUCAUCUCAGGCGUGAUCAUUCUGGGCGUCAUGAGCGUUUGCUUCUUCAUCUUCUCCCUCACCCUCCUCAAAGGGAAGAGCGCUCCUGUCAGCACCCUGUCUGGAGUCCGCAAUCCAGCGUUCAACUGA